AUGGCACAGCCAUCAAUUGGUGCUCAGGCAUCCCGCUUGGCGCGAGAUUUCACCCUGAACGGGGUAGCUCGGACGCGCAUGCCCAAGCUCGUCUAUGGCACGGCAUGGAAGAAGGACAGGACAACCGACUUGGUGUACACAGCGCUCAAGACUGGCUUCCGCGGUAUCGACACUGCAGCCCAGCCGAAACACUAUAAUGAGCAAGGUGUUGCGGCUGGUUUCAAAAGGGCCGUCUCUGAGGGCAUUGUGAAGCGCGAAGAUGUUUUUGUGAGCCCCGAUGAUAACGACGUCACGCGGAGGCUGGACCCGAAUCUAACAGACGCACCGUAUGAUUUCAAGGCAUCCGUUGAGGACAGGGUCCUCCAAUCUGUCGAGUCGUCGCUCCGAAACUUUACCAUAGAAGGCCAGGUGACCUAUCUUGACAGUGUUGUCCUGCACUCCCCACUCGACACCCUCGAUGACACCAUCACGGCAUGGAAGGCUCUGGAAGGAUACCACCCGCACAAAAUCCGUAAUCUGGGCAUCUCAAACGCUACGCACAGCUUCGUUGAAGCUCUGUAUAGCCGUGUCACUGUCAAGCCUGCCGUUGUGCAAAACCGGUUCUACCCCGACACCGAAUAUGAAGCUGGGCUGCGCGCGUUUUGCAAGGAGCAUAAUGUCAAAUUCCAGUCCUUCUGGACCAUUGGAGCGAACCCGCAGCUGGUCAAGAGCCAGCCGGUCGCGGAUAUUGUGCAGGGAGCCGGAGUUGGUGUCGUGUCUGCGUACUAUGCGCUGGUCAUGGGUUUAGAAGGCAUUGCGAUUUUAGACGGAACCACAAAGGAAGCUCACAUGAAGGAAGACCUAGAGGGCCUCGAGCGCGUCGGUGCAUGGGCUGAUGGCGAUGGAGCGGUGGCGUGGGUCAAGGCACUUGCGGAAUUCAAGAAGCUUCUUGACGAGCCCUGA